CAUCAAUCAAAACCCAGAGAGAGAGAGAGAGAGUAUGACACUUGAAAAACCAGCAGCAGAACCAACACCAACGGCGCAAGUCGCCGGCGACAAGGACGACGAAGAAGCAAAAGCCGGGGUGGACAUCUGGAAGUACAUCCUCGGCUUCACUAAGAUGGCGGUGGUGAAGUGCGCCAUCGAUCUCGGCAUUGCCGACGCCAUCGAGAGCCACCCAGAUCCCUCCAUCUCUCUGCCCCAGCUCUCCUCCAAGCUUGGCUGUUGCCCCUCCUCCCUCCGCCGCAUCCUCCGCUUCCUCAUCCACCGCAAGAUCUUCAGGCACCACGCCGACACCGACACCUACUCACAGACCCCGCUCUCUCGCCUCCUCCUGACCAGAGGAGAGAAAUCAAUGGCCGCUUUAAUUCUGCUCGAGACCACCCCCGUGAUGCUCGCCCCAUUCCUCAACCUGAGCUCUCAAGUGUCUGCAGCAGCUGCCACAGCUCCUCCGCCUUUCGUGGCGGCGCACGGUGACGACAUUUGGGUAUACUCAGCAGCGAAUCCCGGGCACAGCAGGCUCAUCGACGAGGCCAUGGCAUGCGACGCAAGAGUGGCGGUGCCAGCAGUCGCCGAGGAUUGCCCAGAGGUGUUCGAAGGUGUCCUGACCAUGGUGGACGUCGGAGGAGGGAACGGGACCACCCUGAGGCUGCUGAGGAAGGCAUUUCCGUGGAUCAGAGGGAUCAAUUUCGACCUCCCUCAUGUCGUCUCCGGGGCUUUACCGCCAUGCGAGGGGGUGGAGCAUGCCGGAGGAGAUAUGUUUGAGGGUGUUCCUAAGGCUGAUGCUGCUUUCCUCAAGUCGGUUCUUCACGACUGGUCAGAUAGUGAGUGCAUCCAAAUCCUGAAGAACUGCAAAGAAGCCAUCUCGGAGAGCAAAUCAGGGAAGGUGAUAAUCGUGGAAGCCGUGAUCGAUGAAGAGAACGACGGCAAGUGGACUGACGUGAGGCUGACCCUCGACAUGGUGAUGAUGGCUCACACCGGGGGAGGCAAAGAGAGGACCGAGAAGGAGUGGGCUCACGUGCUUCGCCAAGCCGGGUUCGCCAAGUACACAAUCAAGCCCGUGCGCGCCGUCCAAUCUGUCAUCGAAGCAUUUCCUUGAAAAAUAUAACUAAGGGAAAUAAAUUGGUUGUCUAUCUUUAUAGUUCAGUG